AUGGUGUCUCACACGGCGCUGUUCCGACAAAGGCUGCCGUCCACACUCUUCUCGUUGGUGUCCCGGGACCACGUGAGGAUGCUGCUGUGGCUUCUUGUCUUCUCAGCUCUGGGCCUCGAGGCCUGGGGGGAUUCUCCGCAGUUCCCCUGGAAUGAAUCCCAAGCCAGAGAAGUGUCAGAGCACCUUGUGGACCUGUUUUAUGGUGUCUCGCAGCUCAUUCGCAAGGGUCGAAAUGGUGCCCCCACCAUUGUCUCCCGCAAGGAGUGGGGGGCGAGAUCGCUGACCUGCAGGGCCCAGCUGACCCCCCCUGUGACCUAUGUCAUCAUGGCCCAGCUCGGGGGGAUGGAGUGCCAGGAGCAGAAUGUUUGCAGCCAGAAGCUGCAGGACCUUCAGUCCCAUUCUGUCUACAACAAAGGCUGGUGUGACGUGGCCUACAACUUCCUGGUUGGGGACGAUGGCAGGGUGUACGAAGGUCUCGGCUGGAGCGCCCAAGGCCUGCACACCCAGGGCUACAGCAACGUCUCCCUGGGCUUCGCUUUCUUUGGCACCAAGGAAGGCAGCAGUCCCAGCCCCGCUGCCUUAUCAGCUGCAGAGGACCUGAUCUUCUACGCCAUCCGGAAGGGUCACUUGUCACCCAGGUAUAUUCAGCCACUUCUCUUGAAAGGAGAGGCAUGCCUGCCCCAUCAGCAGCCAAUGAUGCCCAGGAAAGCAGCCUGUCCCAACAUCAUCACGCGGGCAGCUUGGGAAGCCAGAGAGACACACUGCCCUAAAAUGAACCUCCCAGCCAAAUACGUCAUCAUCAUCCACACGGCUGGGACACCCUGUGACACGCCCAUGGACUGCCAGACUCGCGUCCGAGACACACAGUCCUACCACAUGGACAGACUGAACUUCUGCGACAUUGGCUAUCACUUCCUGGUGGGCCAAGAUGGGGGUGUGUAUGAAGGAGUUGGCUGGCAGAUCCAAGGCUCUCACACCUACGGGUACAACGAUAUUGCCCUAGGAAUCGCCUUCAUGGGCAACUUUGUAGAAAAGCCACCCAAUGCCGCAGCCCUGGAGGCAGCCCAGAGCCUGAUCCAGUGUGCGGCGGACAAGGGGUACCUGACUCCCAACUACCUGCUGGUGGGGCACAGUGAUGUCAUCAAUGCCCUGUCUCCUGGGAAGGCUCUGUACAACAUCAUCAGCACCUGGCCUCACUUCAAACAGCAAGGGGGCCCCAGGUCCUUCUGA